AUGGAGAAUACGUCUCUCAGUAGAGUACCCGAACGGGGAAGCCGCAGUCGAGAUUCGCCUCGUCCUCCCGGCUCUUCCUCCCUCCACGCCUCAUCUCAGCCUCAGUCGCCGCUUCUCGCGCGCGACAUCCGACCUGCGGGGGCCCUCUCGGGUGUAUGGACAGUCCGGAGCCUCGACGCUGGCAUCCCGCCUCACGCCGGAUCGGUGACGAAACGUUUUGCGUCUUCUGCAUCUUCUCUGUCUCUUCCAGAGACUCAGCGUCAUGAGCAAGCGAGAAAUUCUCAGGCCUGCCUCCUGGACAGGUCCUCUCCCAGGAGCCUGGCGAGCUCGCAGCUGCGACUGGAGCCCGCGAAGCCGUGGGUGAGUUUCCAGAGAAGCAGAGCACAGAGAACCGAUCGAGCUCACGUGGACGCGACGCUCAUGAGUGAGGCUGGGGACCAGAACUCCCGAACUCCCGGUGUCUCCGCGAACGCCUCCUCGGUUUCGGUGGAGCAGAUGCGACUUCUGCCGCGAGAAGGCCAGAAGUCGUCUGACGCGCGCGACGCCGGCUCAGCCAACCAAGAAUGUCCGCGGACAUCGCAGACGCCGUCGCUCGAAAGGCUUCCUGCGCCGCUUCCCACAGGGCUCGCUUCGACGACCCUCUUGCGAGAAGGCAGUGCUGCUGUGUUUGCUUCCAAGGGAAUUCCAGGAAGAAAGACGUCGGAAAACAAGUCGUCUCUCUCUCCACCGGGCGCCGUCUCACACUCUGUGACCCAGCAACGCCCCGCUCCUCACAGGUCGCGUCCGCUGUGGACCUCGGGUGUCUGGACACCUCACCAUGAAGCCGACCGAGAAGAAGGAAGAGAAGGACUCGGCUCUUGUGCUUCUUCGAAUGCGGAGAGGAAUGCGGUGCGCUCGGGUACGAGGGAGACAGAGUUGAAGGGGAGGAAGGAGGAGGAGAGCCGAGCGUUGUCAAGGACAGAGAUGAAAACGAAUCCGAGUCCAGCUAGGACUAGCGGGUCGCCUCAGAACAGGCCCCGACAGCCCCGACCCCCCGUUUCGUCUGGUUUCCAUCCUGCGUCUGCUCCCUUCCAUUCUCGGCCACUUGGUGCCUCACCCUCGUCCAUAUCUCCGUCAUCAUCUUCUUCUUUAUCCUCUUAUUCUUGUGCUUCGUCAUCAUCAUCAUCUUCUUUAUCCUCUUAUUCUUGUGCUUCGUCUUCCUCGUCUUCUCCUUCGUCUUCGUCGCCUCUUUCCACUGCUUCACGUCCCUCCGCGACUUCCGGUCCUGCCGUCUCUCUCGUCGGUGCCACUGGCCUACGCGUUCCCGCGAACUCCACUGUUCCAGCGUGCGGCGCCUCUGCGUCUCUCGCGUCUCAUCCAGUCUCCUCUGAGGAGGAGCGCAGAAGAAGCGUAGCGAUGGUUCGCUCUCUCUCCUCUGCUGCUGUUUCCUCGUUUCAGUCUUCUUUCGUUCCGUCUGCAUGCGUCCAAUCCUCUCCGACACCUGCCUGUGCUUCUUCGCGACCGCCUGCCUCGUCUUUCUCCUCCUUGUCUGCCUCCUUGGCGUCUUCGGCUGCGUCGUCGACUAGGCUCGCUUCAGACCCUUCGCAGUCUUCGCUUUCUUCACAAUCUUUGCAUUCUUCACACUCUUUGCAUUCUUCGCUUCCUUCGUCUCUUCCAUGGACGUCUCCCGGAAGGAGUCGCGGGCUUUCGAGUGCGGUCCCUCUCAGCCCCUCUGCUCCCCGUUUACAUUCGGAGUCUUCUGACGGUACGGAGAAGCCGCCGGCCGCCUUUGGCCUGCCUGCCGGCGAUUCGCUUCCCUCGGCUUCUCGCGAGCUGCUGCGGCGCUCUAUACCCUUCAAUGCGUCUUCGCUCGGCGGUGGAAAGACUCAGCCUCCCUCGAGUCGGUCUGCGACCUUGCCUUCGAGUGCACCGUCGUCCUUCGCUUCCGCCACGACCCGCGAUCCCGGCGUCUCUCCCAGUCGACACACAUCUGAUUUCUCUCGCCCCGUUGUUGUUCGUUGCUCAUCCCCCUCUUCGUCGCCUUCGCCUUCGCGCGCUUCGACUCCUGCACCAUCGUCACCUGUUUUGCCUUCAGCUGCUUCUUCUGCUUCGUCGUACGUUUUGGUUUCUUCUCUGCGUCCUCCCAGGAGACCCUCUGCAUUCCUCAAGCCUUCUGUCAUCUCUUCCGCGUCUCUCCCGUCACUGCCUGGCUCUGCUGGGGGGGCGUCUUCGGAGAGUUCAGCCAUAUUUCAGAGUGACACUGACGCGAUGGAAACCACUCGUGGAGGGAAUGGACAGCAAUGUGAAGAUAAGGACAGGAAUCAGAACGGCCUCUACGUAGACGAGAGAGCGCGGCGGAGGCGUACACCCGUUGUGCGAGCGCAUGAGGCGAAGAAGGAAGGAGGAAAGAGAAUGAGAAGCGACGGCGAGGAGCGAGAGAGAGAAGCUGAGGGCCUCGCGUUUCGUGCUGUGCUUCCCGAGAAGGCGAAGGGGACGCGACGGGAGGAGACUGAGGAGGAAGUCUGUUUGAAAGAAGAAGCGAAAGAAGAGGGAGAUGCAGAGAAAGCCGUCAGAAUCUGUGAAGCGGAGAAGUUGCUCCCGCCUCACAGCAAGAUUUUCGGACAACUCUCGGAGGAACAACGAAGAGUCGUCCUUGCCCCUGCGCAUGCAAAUCUCUGCGUCAUUGCUGGGCCUGGAUCAGGGAAAACGACGGCGAUAACCGCUCGAAUUCUUCGCCUCCUUCUUGAAGGCGAAGGUCCAAUCUUGGCUCUCACCUUCACGCGGCGAGGAGCCGAGGAGCUCCGGACGCGCGUGGUGGACGGUUUCUCUUCCACUCUCGCGGAGAUGCGGCUUCUGUCGGGGUCGCGAGAGAACGGCGCCCUCCCCUCAGCUGUCUCUCCGCGAACGAACGCAGCCACAAGCUCCACAGCCUCCGCGAGAACAAACGGCGGCGACGCCACGAUCUUCAACGCCCCGCUCGCGAAGCUCGACUGGCAGCGGCAGACGAACUGGACGCAUCCCUUCGCUCCAGCGUCUGCGGCAGGCCCUCACCCGAGGUGCGACUCCGCGCCUGUCCACCCGUCGGUCACCUGUUACUCUUCUUCGGCAGUCGCGCCUUCUGCUUCCGCCUCUUUCGCGUCGCUCUCUGCGUCUUUGGGAGAGCAAGCUCCAACGUCCGCAGCUGCGGCGCCCGGCUUGCCCCUCUUUCACGACCUCGCCGGUCGCGUCCUUGUCGGAACGUUUCACAAAUUCGGUCUCCUCGUCCUCCGGCGCCACGGGCGCGCCGUGGGGGUCCCUCCCUCCUUCCUCGUCGCCACCGCGACUCGCCAGGGCCAGUUGGCCCGCGAGGUCCUCGAGGCCUUCAAGGCCCGCGAGGAGGCCCGCGGGGCGAUGCUGAAGAGCGCGCGCGAGGAGCCAGGGAGGCCGCAGCGCGCGUGUGGGGUGGGGAAUUUGGAGGCCGCCUUUCAGCAGGUUCGGCGCUUGCACUUGCUCCGCAUGCAGAGAGAGCUGGCGGAGAGACAGAGAGAGAGAGCCGCCCGCUCCCGGGGCGGCGGCCCGGAGACAGCAGAGUCACGAGCGACAGGAAAGACGGGAGAGACAGGAGAGGCAGAUAUCUGUCUAGACGAGGCGGCUCUCGACAGUGACCCAGAUGACUUGCUUGACUUUCUGACAGACGAAGAGGAGGAAGAAAGCGGGGGCUUCCACUCGCAGCACUCGGGACUUCCGGCGGCGGGCAGAACAACCAGGCGAGAGCCCGGCGAGGCCUGCGGCGGUCGGCAGCCUUCGCGGGGGCCGGUGGCGCCUCAUAUGGGGAGUCGUGUGGGGUCGACGAAAUCGCGAACGACGUGGAAAGAAGUGGACAUGUUCCUGAGGCUCGUACGAAAGUGCAAGUUCUCCGAAGCGUUCCUCGACACCCUCAAAACAGAGAACGCCCAGCUGUACGCGCUGACACGGCAGUACGCGGCGCUACUGCGACAGCAGACGCCUCCCCUCCUCGACUGCUCAGACCUCAUUCUCCUCACUCUCGCACUGCUAGAGAGUCAACCAAACAUCCGGAGAGACCUGGCAACAGCGUACCCCAUCGUCGUCGUCGACGAGUUCCAAGACACCAGUCUCCCCCAGUUCAAAGUUGUCAAGGCCCUGGCUCUCGGCCGCCAAGAACAAGAGAGAGAACAAGCGAGAGAACGAGCAUGGAUGCAUGAGACUAUGGAGAGAGAACGUGGAGAAGGACGCGCGGGCUUCUGCGCCGGAAAUCCAGGGAGGCAAGAAGCAACGAGACAAAGGCGAGGCGGGGUCACAGUGGUUGGAGAUGACGACCAAUCCAUUUACGGAUUCCGAGGCAUCGACGCCAAAAAUUUUUUGAUUUUCGAUCGCGCUUUCCCCGAUCGUUUGGAAUUUCACCUCUCCUGCAACUAUCGCUCCGUUGCCCCCAUCGUCUCUGCGAGUUUGGCGCUGAUCAACCACAAUCGCCACCGGAGACUCAAACGCCUCUACCCCGCCGCUCGGCCCUUUUCGUCUUUUCUCUCUUCUUUCCUGUUUCAAGCCGUUCUGCCUCCACAUCAGAUGCCCUCUCCCCCUUUGGGCUCUGCUUCAGCCGCCAUUCACUACACUCCUUCCCAUCAAGCUAACGCCCUCACAAACAGUUCUGCCGCUGCUUCCUCCUGUCCUCCGUCUGCUCCUGGAUGUUCUUCUGCUGCCGCAUCAUCAACACCGUCUUCGUCUUCUUCUUCUUGUUCUUCUCUCGCGUCGUCUCCGUCGCCGUCGGCAGGUCUUCUGUCGCUGUUUCCACCUGCAAUGUGUGCGGUGCUGUCUUCUCCGAAGGCGGAGGCUGCCUACAUUCUUCGGUUCAUCGUCGCGCUCAAGCAGACGCGAAAGUUGUGUUGGGGAGACUUUGUGAUUCUCUCCCGCACGAACAGAGGCCUGAAGGAGUUGGAAGAGCUGCUGCAAGAUCCCCAGGUUCUUCACUCCGCAUUUCGUUCGUCGCCUUUGCCCGACGCGGGACCGUUGCCCAUCCUCUCUCUCUCCCCUUCACUCGGGGAAGAUGAAGUGGAAAACCAAAGAGCGUCUUCUUCGGCUUCUUCUCCGUCGUCUCUCGCGGCUCCUCGUUCUCCUCUUGCGUCUUUGUCUUCGACUCUGUGUUUGUCUCCAGUGACAUCUCCGCCGUCUCUGUGGUAUCGACCAGACCGACCGCCAGAUCCCUCGCUGUUGUGUCCUCUCUGGGCGUCGUCUGCGUUUCCAGAGGCACUGCCGCUGCACAGCACCGCUCUAAAGCGUCGCGGGACUCAGAUGCUGCGGAAACAAGGCGUACUUCUCGUCUGUGGCUACUUGCGACUCGCUCUCGAUCCUCACCACGACGCGUCUUUCCUGCGGGUGCUCAACCGACCCAGACGCGGCCUCGGUCUCGCCGUCGUCAGGGCGCUGUGCCGAUGUCUGCAGACGCUCGAGGGGGACGCUGCGUCUCCCGCCGAAGCCGGCAAGCCUCGUAGCGAAGCAGGAAACGAAGAGACGGACGCGGCAGAAGAAGUCGAAGAAGGAGAGAGGGAAGGAGUUGAGAGAGAAGGAGAGGGGAAGGGAGGACGCAGGAGAAAGCGAGGGCGAGAGGCGCGAGCCCAGGAGGGAGCAAGGCAGGACGGGGAGGAAGGCGAAGAAGGAGAGGGAGGCGGAAGAAGAAAAGAGGCGGUAACGAAGAGUCUGGUGUGCUGGGAUGCGAAGUGGAGAGAAGGCCCUCUCGAGGGAAUCGACCGUCUCCGGAAACACGAACGGCAGUGUGACGCCCAUCGUGGGUCGCGCGUUUUCUCCCUCUACGAGGCGGCCUCCAUCAUCGCUGAACUCGAAGAAACAGCAGAGAACGGCGAAGGAGAGCGAAAACGCAACGACGAAACAAACACACAGCAGGAAGGAGAAGCAGGCACGUCUUCUCGAUCUUCAUCUUCUUCAUCGGCAAAUCCGUCGUUUUCUACACCUUCACCUUCGGUCUCCUCGGUCUCUGGUUCAUCGCCUUCUUCGGUGGACUUGCCUGUUGAAGACCAUGCGACCGAACGGCUGUCGAGGGAGAAGAAGGAAACUCGAUUGCUGUCUGGGUCUUUACUGAAGCAGACAAAAUGCCCUGCCUCUGCGCUGCCGCGACUGCGGCGUUUCCUCGAGCAGCUCCAGGCGCUGAGAAGCUUGGCGAGGAGUCGUACUGCGGGAGCCUCCGACCUCGUCCUCUUCGUCCUCAAAGCCUUUGGCCUCGAGGCCUUCCUCGCAGGUGUCUCCGGGGAGACAGAAGGCACAGAGACGCUCCCGAAGACGGAGACAGAGAAACAAACGACGGAGACGGCCGAUCAGAAGACCCUGGAGAGGAGGAAGGAGAGGGCGGAGAAGAAGAAGGGAAGGAAGAAGGCGGCUGGCGCUGGACGAGACGAUGGGGAUGAGGUCUGCCGGCAAGCGGAAGAGGAAACAUGGGGAGAGUGUGGAGCAGGCGAGAAGAGAGGCGACAGCGCCGUAAGAGCUUCCGGAGAGGGGACAGAGCGAGAGAUGCAGGCGAAGAAGUUGAGGAAGAAGAACGACGGCCCCGAUCGAGAAAAAAGGACCCCCAUCGAGGAGAAGCGACAGACAGAAAAGAGAGACAGAGAAUCGAAGACGGAUCCGACGUCUUCGACAUCUGUGUGUUCUUCUGAAAAUAAACUGGAAGACGCCUGGACGCUCCUGAGGCUUGCUGAGGGAUACACGCCGAAUGCGUUGCAGCCGACAGGGUGGGAUUGUCUCUCGCGUUUUCUGAAAGAUUUGACGAACGACAGAUGCGGAGAAGCAGAGACGCUUCAGCGAAGAAACUCGAUUUUCCUCUCCACCAUUCAUCAAGCCAAAGGCCUCGAAUGGCCGGUCGUCAUCCUCGCGAAAGCCAACGAGGGACAUCUUCCACUGUCCAACGAAGACACCUCGGGAUCGUUUGUGAGCCUUCCAGCGCGGAUCCCAUUGACAUCUGUUUCCUCGUUCUCCUCUUCGGUUCCGCCCUCCUCGUCCCCGCCGUUCUCUCCCUCUCGUUCCUCCUCGGUUUUGCCUACCAACCGAGCAACCUCGUUCACUUCGUCCUUUACUCCAUCUUCCUCCUUUACGACUCCAUCUUCCUCCUUUACUACUCCAUCUUCGUCUUCUUCCUUUGGUUCAUCUUCUUCCUCUUCCUGCGGUGUGCCGUCUUCUUUCUCCUCUUGCUGUAGCGCGUCUUCGUCCGCUUCGUCUUCUUCUUCGUUCGUCUUGGUUCCUCCUCUGUCUUCUUCGUCGUCCGCCGCUGCCUCCGCUGUCUCCUCUGUCUCCGCUGUCUCUGCCUCGCUGACCGCGGAGGCCUGGCAGAAGCGUCGCACGCAAGAAGAGCGAGUGUGGGCGAUGUGGACCGAGAAGAAGAAGCUCGAGGAGCAGGAGCUCGAGGAGGAACGGCGUCUCUGCUACGUCGCGCUGACGAGGGCAAAGAGCAUGCUCCUCGUCACUUGCUCGAAGACGGAGAAGAGCGGCCAGAGUCUCCGAGUUUCGCGCUUUGUUUCCGAGGCGAAACUCUUCCACUUCCACCCGCUCUCGGCGGCCUCGGGCGUCCAUCCCAAGUCUGAGAAAGACCCAUGUCGGUGCCGCAGCGCAGGAACCUCGACCGACGCCCGAGGCUCGAGAGAAGAAGAGACGGAGACCGACAGGGACGCGCAUGCAGAGCGACGAAAACGUGAGGAGAGGAACAGCCAACUCGGACACCGAGUCGCGAAAGGAAGAUUACAGGAGGAAGGAGAGACUGGCGGCAACGAAGAGGAAUCCCUAACGAAAGGCAAGCUCACAGCGGAGGGCCAAAAAAAAGAAGAAGACUGGACAGGAGAGACGAAGGCACACCAGAACGGGACCGACACAGAGAGUGAGCGCAACAGAGAGAUGAAGAUGAAGGGAGAACAUGACGCGAGCGAAGAAGAUAUCAAAAUCGACACAGACAUCAGUGACCUUCUGGAUUUGAGCAGCGUUUCGGAGAGAACAGGACAGUGGGGGCGACUCCUGGAAGCAAGAAAAAAACAGCAACAGAACCGUUCCUCUUCGUUCAGGUGUACGUCCCCUUCGUUCGGGCGUCUCGCGGCACCUUCAGCUGCUUCUCACUCGGUUUCCGUCUCGAAUGAGGGAGUGCGUCCUGUCUCCGACGAGUCCUCCUCUUCCCCCUCUGAACUCGCGAAGGCGCUGCCUGCUGGAGCGCUUGGCGAAGGGAGACGGCCUUCGCGAUGUGGAGACCUGAGCAGAGGGGAGACGCUGGACGCAAGUUCAGAGGGGGAAGAGCUGAAGAAACAUGCAGGCGAGCGCGAGAGCGAAGAACGAAGUCGAACGCCUUCGCCGACAGAAGGCCCUGCAAGAAGAGAGGUUAUAGAAGAGGCUAGUGAGCGUCGAGGAGGCGACCCGAGAGCAGCAGAAGAGAAGCGGAGAGAAGAAACAAAAGCCGAGCAAGACGAAGAGAAACUCCUUCCAUCGACAUGCGCGCCGAAGAGAGAAGAACAAUACGAACGUCGGAACGCAGAGGAUACGCAGAGGGAAGAAGCAUCUCAGAGAGACGCACAAGAAGCAGAGGCAGAAGAAGAACUGCAGAGGAAAGAAGAAUCCCGGAACUCCAAUCGACAGACGCUGGAGAUGUACGCGUUCGAGCCAGAAGACGACGAAGUCAUCAGUUUGGGAAGUGAUCUUGACGAGCCGACAGCAGGGCCGAUGGACCCCUGCAGGGACGCGCCAACGCCGGGGAAGGAGCCGGAGGGAAAGAGACGCUCUGAGAUCGCCUGUUCGUCGCAUGCAGAAAUCCGAGAGGUUGUGACAGCUCUCGAGGAAGCUGAAGAAGAGACUGGCGAAGAAGGGGAAGAGACAGGGAACGCGAUAGCGGAGAAAGAGAACUACGAGCAACCGACAGCCGAAGAGAAGGACGAACGAGUCGACGUCAGAGAGCAGAGCAAGGACUCGAGAGAAAAGGAGACAAGGCAGACUCCAAGGGUGGCAAGAAAGGCGACAGAGAGGAGAGAUGGGGAAGCAGAUGUGAUUGUCAUCGACGAAGAAGAAGCGCCGGAAACGGCUCACGACAGAGAAACAGAGAAAACGCAAGAGACGACCGCAGAGCCAGACAGCGUGUCGAAGGGCGAAGACGAGAUGGAGGAACCGACAGCGGUGGAAGUGGAAGACGAUGACGAAGUCGAAGCUCAAAGAGACCAAGACGAAAGUGCGAGAAGCACAGACGAAAACGAAGAAGGCGGAAGGAAAACAAGUAGCAAAGCCUUCUUCCGCAGCGCUCAAGACCUGGCAAGACGCGUCGCGCAGGCCUCCCGAUCCUCGUCAGACUUUGCUAGACCAACAGCCUCCCUCCAUCGAGACGGCCACCAUACAGCACUCAAACACCGCGAGUUACAGACUUCCACGUUUUCUCUUCCUUCUUCUUCGCCUUCUUCUUCUUCGCCUUCUUCUUCUUCGCCUUCUUCUUCUCCUCUUCCAUCUGCUUCGUCUUCGUCUUCAGGUUCUGCUCUCUCCUCUUCUGGGAGGUUGGAGGCUCCCGCGCGUUCGCUGGGCAGCGCCGCGGCACCGGGCCGUCCGUGGCGGUGUUUCCUUUUGAAGAAAAAGUGA